AUUGAGUGUGUUAAGUUUGGUUUUAUAUACCUUACUCUUCUUCUCUUUCCCACUUAUAUAUACAGAACCAAUAAACAGAAUCCAACCCAUAUUAAUCUUUACUACUUCUUCCUCUAUUAAAAACCAAACCCUUCAUAUAUUUUUCCUCUACUUUCAAGAAACACCAAGUGACUUAGCCCACAAUUAAGGCUGCAUUUUCACUUUUUUAAGUAUGAAUAUCUCAGCUUCUGAAUGUAGUAGUGGAUGUGAAUCUGGAUGGACAAUGUACUUAGAUCAACUCUCAAAUUCUGAAGAUCAAUAUAACAGAAGAAAUAUUGAUUAUGGUAUAUAUAGUAAGAGUAAAACAGAAUAUGUAGAUGAAUAUCAAGAAGAUGAAGAUAUGUCAAUGGUUUCUGAUGCUUCUUCUGGUCCACCACAUUUUCAUGAAGAUUAUUGCUUUGAUCAAAAUGGAUACAUCUUCUAUCCUUCAGCUUCUGAAAAUACAAAGGAAACAAAGGAGAAAAGGAAAAUAAAAGAGCAAAAGGUCAAAAAACAGAAUCUUUAUCUUGAUGAUACUGCUAGUUCUCCAUUCUCUAGUUUCCCUAAGGAUAACAGAGAAUAUAAUGAUAGAACUUCUAUGGAGAUGGUAGCUGACUUCUCUGAAACACAUUCUAAGGGUAAAUCUGUUUUAGGGAAGCACUUUGGUUUCUUGAAAACAUCUGUGAGUGGAAGAACUUCAUCAGAAAAAUCUAGUGGUUUGAAAGGAAGGAAGAGGCAAUAAGAAUUGGCAAUUGAAGAGAGAAAAGAAGAUUGUUGUUUGAGGGGUGAAUAGGGAGCAUAAAAAGGGAAAAAGGCUUUAGAUUUCUGAGGAUCUUGUUUUUAUCCUACUUUCUCCUCUUUCUUUUUAAUCUUUUAUUAAUCCUCCUUCCAGUUAUUGUUCCUGUCUAUGUAGUGGGAAACAACUUUAAAACAUAAAUGUCAAAAAAGGAAGAGAGAAAACUGUCUUUUAUUUUAUUAUCUCCCUCCCACACCAAACACAAUUCAGGAGAAUAAUGAUAAUAACAAUAAUAUUAAGUCCAUGUUCUUCA